CGCAGGCCCGGGGGAGAGGCAGCCUCCCGCGGCCGCCCUGCGCCCCCGCGCCCGGCCGGCGCCGCUGCCCCCGCGGCGCGCAUGCUCCGUGCUGCGCUCGGCGACCGGGUAGUGAGCGCGGGGCCCAGGGGGCGGGCCGAGCCGCCGCGGCUGCGGGCCCGAGUCGGCGGCCCUGGGGCGCUGUGGCGGCGGCUGAGGCGGCGGUGGCGGCCGGUCCCGGGUGCGCCCGAGUGCGGCUCGCUCCUCCGACGCACACGCCGGGCGGUCCCCGGGGCCUCGGGAGGUGACUCGGGCGGGCGGGCCCCUGGGAGGCGGGGGCGAGGCGAUGAGGAGGAGAGCCACCGCCGCCCGUCUCCGCCCGCCGCAGCUGUAGCGGAGCCGGGGUGGGGGCGAGGCCAGCGGACCCCCGCCGGACCGCGGACCCAGACAAAGGAGGAGGACCCGCCCGACGCCGGGCCGCGCCGCCGGGAAGGAGGUCGCCGCCGGGGGCUCCCGGGCCUGCGCGCUUCUUCGGCGGACGCUGCGUGAGGCCGGGCCACCCGGGCGAGGAAGCCGCCCCCGAGCCCCCGCCCGCCGGCGCCGCCUCCCAGCCGCCUCGGCCGUAGCUGCGGCCCAGGCGGGAGGCGGCGGCGCCUGGCGAGGCGAGGCGGCCCGCGCCCUGCCUGUCAGGCCCCCGGCGUGGCCCGGCCUGGCCCGCGGGCAGCCCCCGAUGCGGAGGCCAUGCAGCAGGCGCCGCAGCCCUACGAGUUCUUCAGCGAAGAGAACAGCCCGAAAUGGCGGGGACUGUUGGUCUCGGCCCUGCGGAAGGAAGGUUUUGUUAUGAUCUUAAUACUGGAUUUCUGUUGCGGUCAUUUCGUCAGGCAACUUCCGCCGUUGACCAAUGUGUUGUCCUCAGGCUGGAUUCGGCGAGAGACCAUCCGGCCGGUAGUUAGACGGUUUCUCAGACAAAAGCACCUUCCCGGGCCCGGGAUUCCCUUCAGGCCGGUUCAGGAGCAAGUACAUCCCAAUCUCUCAGCUAAUGAAGAAUCUCUCUAUUACAUUGAAGAGCUGAUUUUUCAGCUGCUUAAUAAAUUAUGCAUGGCCCAACCAAGGACUGUUCAAGAUGUAGAGGAACGAGUUCAAAAGACCUUUCCUCAUCCAAUUGAUAAAUGGGCUAUUGCUGAUGCACAAUCUGCCAUAGAGAAACGAAAACGAAGAAAUCCCCUCUUACUGCCUGUGGACAAAAUCCAUCCGUCACUGAAGGAAGUUUUAGGGUACAAAGUGGACUACCAUGUGUCCUUAUAUAUUGUGGCUGUACUAGAGUAUAUCUCAGCUGAUAUUUUGAAAUUGGCUGGUAAUUAUGUUUUUAAUAUUCGACACUAUGAAAUAUCUCAGCAGGACAUUAAAGUGUCAAUGUGUGCAGAUAAGGUUUUGAUGGACAUGUUUGAUCAGGAUGACAUAGGUUUGGUUUCCCUCUGUGAAGAUGAACCUAGUUCUUCAGGUGAAUUAAACUACUAUGACCUUGUCAGAACUGAAAUUGCAGAAGAAAGACAGUAUCUGCGGGAACUAAAUAUGAUCAUAAAAGUGUUUCGAGAAGCCUUUCUUUCUGACAAAAAGCUGUUUAAACCUUCUGACAUUGAAAAGAUUUUCAGUAACAUAUCAGAUAUACAUGAGUUGACAAUAAAACUUUUAGGUUUGAUUGAAGACACAGUUGAAAUGACUGAUGAGAGCAGUCCUCACCCCUUGGCUGGCAGCUGUUUUGAAGAUUUGGCAGAAGAGCAAGCAUUUGAUCCUUAUGAAACAUUAUCACAGGACAUUCUUUCACCAAAAUUUAAUGAACAUUUCAGUAAGUUGAUGGCCAGACCUGCAGUGGCUCUACACUUUCAGUCCAUUGCUGAUGGUUUUAGAGAGGCAGUUCGUUAUGUCCUUCCACGUCUUAUGCUAGUGCCUGUGUAUCACUGUUGGCACUAUUUUGAAUUAUUAAAGCAAUUGAAAGCUUGUAGUGAAGAACAAGAAGAUAGAGAAUGUUUGAACCAAGCGAUUACUGCUCUCAUGAAUCUCCAAGGUAGUAUGGACCGAAUUUACAAGCAGUAUUCACCUCGACGCCGACCUGGGGAUCCUGUUUGCCCUUUUUAUAAUCGUCAAUUAAGAAGCAAGCACCUGGCUAUUAAAAAAAUGAAUGAAAUUCAGAAAAACAUAGAUGGAUGGGAAGGCAAAGAUAUUGGACAGUGUUGUAAUGAAUUCAUUAUGGAAGGUCCAUUGACAAGAAUUGGUGCUAAACACGAACGGCAUAUUUUUCUUUUUGAUGGCUUAAUGAUUAGCUGCAAACCCAAUCACAGCCAGUCACGCCUUCCAGGUUACAGUAGUGCAGAAUAUAGAUUAAAAGAAAAAUUUGUCAUGAGAAAAAUACAAAUAUGUGAUAAAGAAGAUACUUGUGAGUACAAACAUGCUUUUGAAUUAGUAUCCAAAGAGGAAAACAGCAUAAUAUUUGCUGCUAAGUCUGCUGAAGAGAAAAAUAAUUGGAUGGCAGCACUUAUUUCUCUUCAUUAUCGUAGUACUCUAGAUCGAAUGCUAGAUUCAGUAUUAUUGAAAGAAGAAAAUGAGCAACCACUGAGAUUACCAAGUCCUGAAGUUUAUCGUUUUGUGGUAAAAGACUCUGAGGAAAACAUUGUUUUUGAAGACAACUUGCAAAGUAGAAGUGGAAUCCCCAUUAUUAAAGGAGGAACAGUGGUGAAGUUAAUUGAAAGGUUAACAUAUCAUAUGUAUGCAGAUCCCAAUUUUGUUCGUACUUUUCUUACUACAUAUCGUUCAUUUUGUAAACCACAGGAAUUGCUAAGCUUACUGAUUGAACGAUUUGAAAUUCCAGAGCCAGAACCUACUGAAGCAGAUAAAUUGGCAGCAGAGAAAGGCGAACAACCAAUUAGUGUAGACCUUAAAAGGUUUCGCAAGGAAUACGUCCAACCAGUGCAACUUAGGAUCUUAAAUGUAUUUCGGCACUGGGUUGAACACCAUUUUUAUGACUUUGAAAGAGAUUUGGAGUUGCUCGAAAGACUAGAAUCCUUCAUUUCAAGUGUAAGAGGGAAAGCCAUGAAGAAAUGGGUAGAGUCAAUUGCUAAGAUCAUCAAAAGGAAGAAACAAGCUCAGGCAAAUGGAAUAAGCCAUAAUAUUACCUUUGAAAAUCCACCUCCGCCAAUUGAAUGGCAUAUCAGCAGACCAGGACAGUUUGAAACAUUUGAUCUCAUGACACUUCAUCCAAUAGAAAUUGCACGUCAGCUGACACUUUUGGAAUCUGAUCUCUACAGGUUAAGUUGCAUUGAUUUUUGGUUCCACAGGAAAGUUCAACCUUCUGAACUUGUAGGGAGUGUAUGGACCAAAGAAGAUAAAGAAAUAAAUUCUCCGAAUUUAUUAAAAAUGAUUCGCCAUACUACAAAUCUUACUCUCUGGUUUGAAAAGUGCAUUGUGGAAGCAGAAAAUUUUGAGGAACGGGUGGCAGUACUAAGUAGAAUUAUAGAAAUUCUGCAAGUUUUUCAAGAUUUGAAUAAUUUCAAUGGUGUAUUGGAAAUAGUCAGUGCAGUAAACUCAGUGUCAGUAUACAGACUAGAUCAUACCUUUGAGGCCUUGCAGGAAAGAAAAAGGAAAAUUUUGGAUGAAGCUGUGGAAUUAAGUCAAGAUCACUUUAAAAAAUACUUAGUAAAACUUAAGUCAAUCAAUCCACCUUGUGUGCCUUUUUUUGGAAUAUAUUUAACAAAUAUUCUGAAGACUGAAGAAGGGAAUAAUGAUUUUUUAAAAAAGAAAGGGAAAGAUUUAAUCAAUUUCAGUAAGAGGAGGAAAGUGGCUGAAAUUACUGGAGAAAUUCAGCAGUAUCAAAAUCAACCUUAUUGCUUACGGAUUGAACCAGAAAUGAGGCGGUUCUUUGAAAACCUUAACCCCAUGGGAAGUGCUUCUGAAAAAGAGUUUACAGAUUAUUUGUUCAACAAAUCACUAGAAAUUGAACCCCGAAACUGCAAACAGCCACCUCGAUUUCCCAGGAAAUCAACUUUCUCUUUAAAAUCUCCUGGAAUAAGGCCUAAUACAGGCCGACAUGGCUCUACCUCAGGCACUUUACGAGGUCAUCCAACACCAUUAGAAAGAGAACCAUGUAAAAUAAGCUUUAGUCGGAUUGCUGAAACUGAGCUUGAGUCAACAGUGUCAGCACCAACCUCUCCAAAUACACCAUCUACUCCACCAGUAUCUGCUUCUUCAGACCUUAGUGUGUUUUUAGAUGUGGAUCUGAACAGUUCCUGUGGCAGCAAUAGCAUCUUUGCUCCAGUUCUCUUGCCACAUUCAAAGUCUUUCUUCAGUUCGUGUGGUAGUUUACAUAAACUAAGUGAAGAGCCACUGAUUCCUCCUCCUCUUCCUCCUCGAAAAAAAUUUGAUCAUGAUGCUUCAAAUUCCAAGGGAAAUAUGAAAUCUGAUGAUGACCCCCCUGCUAUUCCACCAAGACAACCUCCUCCUCCAAAGGUAAAACCCAGAGUUCCUGCUCCUACUGGUGCAUUUGAUGGGCCUCUGCAUAGUCCACCUCCACCACCGCCGAGAGAUCCUCUUCCUGAUACUCCUCCACCAGUUCCCCUUCGGCCUCCAGAACACUUUAUAAACUGUCCAUUUAAUCUUCAGCCACCUCCACUGGGACAUCUUCACAGAGAUCCAGACUGGUUCAGAGACGUUAGCACGUGUCCAAAUUCACCAAACACUCCUCCUAGCACACCCUCUCCAAGGGUACCACGUCGAUGCCACAUGCUCAGUUCUAGUCACAAUAAUCUUGCUCAUCCUCAAGCUCCCCCUGUUCCACCAAGGCAGAAUUCAAGCCCUCACCUACCAAAACUGCCACCAAAGACUUACAAACGGGAGCUUUCACACCCCCCAUUGUAUAGACUGCCUUUGCUAGAAAAUGCAGAAACUCCUCAAUGACCUUAGCCAUAUGUAGUCAUUGACACUGGAAUGAUAUUUGUAAAGGUGUUUUUUUUAAUUUAUUAAAAAAAAGGCAUAGUAUUUUAGUACUUUUUACAAAUAAUGCUCUUAAAAAUGCUACUGAUCAAAUAAGCUUUUAAAAUCGGAAAAAUAAAAAUACAAAAGUCCUUCGUCAUUAUCCUCAGGUGAUCAGUAGCAUUGCCUUGUCUUGGAUCCUCAGUGCUGCCAAAAGGCCAGUAUAAAGAAUUUAUAUUUGCACUGUAAUCUCUGUAAAAUAUGGUUUAAAGUGACUGAUUGCACUGAAAAGGGAUAGUGCAUUUGUGGAACUUUUCAGAUUUGAAUAAUAGCUGCCUUUUUAAGGCAAUAAAUUUACACAAAUAUAGGAGGUGUAUGGUGUUACUGAUUGUUUAACUUGUUUGACCAUCUUCUAGUUUUUACAUUUUGGAGAAUUGUGAAUAACACCCAUUGUUCUUAAACUUGUUAAUGCCAUGUCUUAAAUGCCAGAAUUUGCUGCUAAAGACAAAAAUGAAAAAUAGAAUGAAAAGAAUAGAAUGCACUGUGUCUAUUAUUUAGCCAAAAUGUAAACAAAAAGACUACCUAACCCCAUCAUAGAGGAGAAAAGGGCAUGUAUUUUUUCAGAUGUGCCUUUUGUUUUUGCAAACUAUGGUGUCUUUAGCUAAUGAAUUGCCUAUUAUUUUGGAAAGCAAAGUUAAUAUGCCAUGUAUGUACAGUUUUGUUUAUAUUGUAUAUUUAAAGAUGCUAAUAACCUAUAUAAAUUUAAGUGACUUGAGGUGUAUAAUACAAUCUGCUACUUUACUAAUUGAUAAAUUCAAAGGAAAAGUUUCUUAUGGCAUAGGAACCAACUGCCUUGCCUUCAAAACCUAGUAACUUUCUCUAUAAAUCUUGUGUUAACUAAAAUUUUUUAAAUAUUUUUUUUAGAUUGGUAAUAUUUAAACCAGCAAAUACUUAAAGCUUUAUUAAACUUUUUAAUCAGA